UUCACUUGAUGAAUGUUAUGAACAUCAUAAUAAUAAUCAUGUCAAUUUCUGCCAAAGUUGCAGGUAAGUGGAAACCGCAUCAUAAAUUUCCUGCAGUUGAGCAGGGCAGUUUGACCAAAAGCAAAGACUUGUUGAGCAGUACUUCCCACAGUGGCGUCCCUUCCACAGCUGUCGCAUGCGGAUCACCAUGGGGGAACCAUAUCAUUCGGCUGUGGCUGCGUACAGUAGAAGAGGGGAACGCAUGGCAGUGCGACGGGCAGGUGGCUCGGCUUCUCCGGUUACAUACCUGUGACGAGCUGUGGGUUGCCCCCGAGGAGGAGAAAGAUAAAGACACUGCUGAUCAAGGCUACCUUCACCUGCCUACCAAAGGCUGUUAA